AGGAAAUGACAAAUAUACACAACAAAGAUGGCGGCCCCCAGCGAGGCAACAGUGAAUGAUGUGCACGUGGGGAAAAAAAAGAAGCCCCCAGCUCGAUACUGGCAGGAGCCACAGGCGGAUGAUGGAAGCAAAGACGGCGACAAGAAACACGAUGAGCGUACUGAACAAACUCUGGAACAAAAAACAAAAGCUGUCAAGAGAAAGCGAAGAGGACGUGAAAAAAGAGGAAAAAAAUUCAUAUCUGGGAAAACUGACCCUUUCCCUGGCCCAGCUCCUGUUCCAGUGGACAGAGUACAGAAGUUCAAGAGAAAAGAUAAAAUUGAAAAGCCUCACUUCAAACAGUACAAGCUGAACGACCUCAUAGUUCAUUCAGAGGAAGCUUCUGAGCUCGCCCAGAAACAAGCGGCCCGGUUUGACCUUCUGCUCCCUGAGGAUGCUGGGUUUCUAGAAGGAGAUGAAGGCGAGGACACAUGCACAGUCUCACAGCAGGACAUUGCAGAGGCUGUGGAUAUAACAUCUGCUACAAAGUAUUUCAAUCUGAAACUACCCCAGUUUGGACCAUAUCGAGUGGAUUACAGUAAAAAUGGACGGCAUCUGCUCCUCGGUGGGCGGAGGGGCCACGUGGCCUGCAUAGACUGGCAGUCCAAGCAGCUGAUGUGCGAAAUAAACGUGAUGGAGUCUGUCAAUGAUGUGAAGUGGCUUCAUAGCGAGGCAAUGUACGCAGUGGCUCAGAAGAAAUGGCUGUACAUCUACGACUCCAACGGAAUUGAGCUUCACUGCAUCCGUAAAUUCAACGACGUCCUUCGUAUGCAGUUCCUGCCCUACCACUUCUUGUUAGCUACAGCCAGCGCCACGGGUUUUCUGCAGUACCUGGACGUGUCUGUGGGUAAGGAGGUGACGGCAAUCUGCACAAAGACUGGCCGCCUUGACGUGAUGUGCCAGAACCCCCACAAUGCCAUCAUCCACCUGGGCCACCCCAACGGCACCGUGACCCUCUGGUCUCCCAACCAGAAAGAGGCGCUCGUCAAGAUGCUCUGCCACCAAGGCGGCGUGCGCUCAGUCGCCGUGGACAAGACGGGCACAUACAUGGUGACAUCGGGCAUGGACAAAAAGAUGAAGGUCUACGACGUGCGCUCCUUCAGACCCCUCAAGUCGUACUUUCUCCCCGCUGGAGCUUCCUGUUUGUCUUUGAGUCAGAGGGGGCUUCUGUCUGCUGCCACUGCAGACAUUGUUCAGGUGUACAGGGAUGUGUGGAGCACUCCAGUGACCAAACCCUACAUGGCUCACCGAGCUCAGGGCGCCGUUUGGGGGCUGCACUUCUGUCCCUUCGAGGAUGUCCUUGGAGUUGGGCACGGACAAGGAUUUAGCAGCAUGCUCAUACCAGGCGCGGGUGAGCCCAACUUCGACGGCCUUGAUGCAAAUCCGUUCCGCAGCACCAAACAGAGGCAGGAGUGGGAGGUUAAAGCCUUGCUGGAAAAGGUCCAGCCAGAACUCAUCAGCCUGGACCCCACAGAGCUGGGAUACGUCGACCGCGCCACCCUCGAGCAGAGACAUCAGGACAGGGUUCAAGCUCUGGGUUUUGACCCGCUUGCUAAAGAAAAGUUUGUUCCAAAGUUCAAGAAAAAAGGGCGCAGCACAGCUGGUGCUGUUGAGCGACGCAAGAAGAAAGUGGCUCAUGAGGACCAGCGGGAUGUCAUCAGGAAGACGGUGGAGGAAAAGGUGAAGAUGGAACAAGCGAAAAAGGCGAUGGAGAAGAAAACGGCGGCUCGAGCUGACCAGAAAUCUGCUCUGGACAGAUUCAAGAAGUAGAAAAGUGGACGCCUUUGUGCAGCCGAAACCAGCGGCAGCCUGUGGGAGUGACCUUUGGCCUCCACAUAAAGGUCCAGUGUGGGAAAAGAACAAAACCACUACAAAUACUGGAUGCAGUCAGAAAACGAUAUCCCACAUUCUGGGGGACAUCAGGUCAUCUAAUCAAUAUUGAAUGCAGGACGCUGCCGGACUAUUGAGCGUCUGCAGCCUGAAGCUCUUCCUGCCUUAAUGCUGAACUAAUGUGAGCUGCCACAGUGGACGGUACCGCCUGCAGAAUUUCUACUUUCACUUUAGAAAGUGCUUGGCUUUUGGACAGAAGUUCAAACUGUGUCUGAUGGUUUUUGUAUAAAUAUGUUUCAAAAAUAAACGUCAUGAUGCCGAGAGUCUUAUUUCAGACUGUUAUUCCUGUAAUAAACACUUGAUCUUGGAGUGAUGUAUCUGGUAGCUUCUGCAGGUUCUUGCUACUUUCAAAUGAAUUAUUGUGACAUUAUUAU